UAUUGGUUGAUUGGUGUUCAUCUUAAUUGUUCAUGCAUACUGAGGAGGGUCCAUAAAUGUUUACACAUAUUUAUAAACUCGAUCUCGAGCGAACAUUUGGCUCUUGUUUACCCUCUUUCCCUCGUCUUGAAUUUACAGAGAGUCUGGAGUUAUUAUUUCUUUGCAAAGGAUCAUCGAUUCACGAUCCGCUUUCCCCGAGCUUGCGCAUCUCGCUCUCGUCGGUUCGCGGAGACCAACGAGAAUGUUCGCAUCCCUCGAGAGGAUCCUCAGUGCUGAUCCAUCCUUCGUAUCCUGUGCCGGACUCUGCGAUAUGCAAUUCUUGUAAAUCCCGUAGCUUCGGACGAUUUAAGAUCAAACUCCGGCCGGAAUCAACUGGAAAUCAAAUAGGAGCUCAAAUUAACGAUAAAAUCCGAAAGGAGUGGAAAUUAAAAGUUAUCAGAAACGUUCGACCGCGAGAUCAUUAUAACGAGGAGAGUUUCUAACGAGAAGUGGCGUUGAUUAUGUUGCUUCCGUUGUUAUUAAUUGCUCUCGUGAGCAUCCGUUCGACUUACUCUCGUUCCUACUUCACGAGAAAUGCACCUGUAGACACAACGCAUGUGCUACCUCUCAGCUCGACGAUGAAUUUCAAAUGGAGGGUGGAUAGAAUAAAUAUGCGGAUAAUAGCGGGGGUCCAGUUUUUCGGUGACAACAGCAGCUGGCUUGCGAUCGGAUUUUCCGACUACGGAAAAUUGAACCCGGCCGAUUAUUGCAUUAUGUGGCACGACUGGCAUCGAGAGGCGCAUUUCCAGGAUACAUGGGCGGACAACGACGGCAAGAUACACGUGGACUCACAGCAAGACUGCGAAAACUUCACGUGGAAGAGACACAAUAAUGUCACGUACUUCACAUUCUCGCGCAAAUUAGACACCUGCGACGAGCACGAUUACAUCAUCGAGAGGGGUACCACGCAUAUUAUAUGGCUCCAAGGUCGCGGACCGCUCGUUUCCUUGGCCGGUCUCAAAGUCUCGAAUGCAGAAGCCUCGGGAAUGUCUCGCGCAGAAUUGUACAGAAUGCCUCAUAGGAAGCCCAUAUUCCCAGCGGACGCCUGGGAGCUCGAAUUGCUCAAUCAUCAGGUUCAAGUGCCGAAUAAAGAGACCACCUACUGGUGUCGAGUGCAAAAAUUGCCGGAAGUAUUGAGGCGAAAGCAUCACAUCCUGCAAUUCGGCCCGGUCAUCCAAGCUGGUAACGAUCAUCUCGUGCAUCACAUGGAGAUCUUCCACUGUGCCGGACCCGCGAAUUCGAAUGUGCCCAUGUAUGAUGGGCCUUGCGAUGGGGCUGACAGGCCGGCAAAGACGCAGAUUUGCAAGAAAGUAUUAGCCGCAUGGGCGAUGGGCGCCGACGCGUUCGUGUAUCCUGAAGAAGCCGGCCUGGCGAUCGGCGGCGCCGACUUCAAUCAGCACGUUAUGCUGGAGGUGCACUACAACAAUCCCGAGCUGCACCAAGGUGUUGUCGAUUCCUCCGGCAUCCGAUUCAUUAUUACCGAGACCCUGCGAAAGUAUGACGCGGGCGUGAUUGAGUUGGGUCUCGAGUACACCGACAAGAUGGCCAUACCGCCACGACAGGAAGCCUUCGCGCUGUCUGGUCACUGCAUCACGGAAUGCACGGGGAUCGGGUUGCCGCAGGAAGGGAUUCACAUCUUCGGCUCGCAGCUGCAUACGCAUCUGACGGGCAUCAAGGUCGUCACCCGGCAUGUGCGAGACGGCAAGGAAUUGCCGCUAUUGAACUAUGACAAUCAUUACUCCACUCAUUUCCAGGAGAUCAGACUGCUGCCGAAGCCGGUCACCGUUCUACCCGGGGAUUCCUUAAUAACCACCUGCACUUACAACACCACGGACAGAGAUAACGUGACUCUCGGCGGCUUCGCAAUAUCCGACGAGAUGUGCGUCAAUUACAUCCACUACUACCCCAACACGCGACUCGAGGUUUGCAAGAGCGCCAUAAGCGACGACGCGUUGAAGACGUAUUUCCGCUACGUGCGAGAAUGGGAGGGUCAAAAGACCAACGGCAAGAAGGGUAUCUCGUCAAACUACCAAAGCAUCGAAUGGACCAAAGUCCGCGUACAGACUCUUCACGAUCUCUACGAAGCUGCGCCUUUAGGGAUGCAGUGCAACAGUUCGGAUGGCUCUCGGUUACCAGGUUUAUGGGACAAUAUCGCGGCGACACCCAUAAAACUGCCUAUGCCACCGCCGGUCAGAGACUGUUUGGAACGUCCGAAUGAGCUCAAUAUCCUGGAACAGAUAUAAACGCAGUUUAAACGCCGAUCUGAAAAUCUCGCUAUUUAUCGAAUUACUCGAUUCUUCGAUAUAUCGAUUGUGCAAGUAUUUUUCGUGCAUUAGUAGUUUUUAGUCUGAAGCAUAUCGAAUUUAGCACUCAGAGUUCUCUGACAUUUGUGUCUAACGUUAAUUUAAAAAUUAACAAUAUACCCUACAAUGUAUGUACACACACAUUUUCAGAAUAUUUCUGAAAAUUAUAUAUUAUCUGUAAUUGAGAUUACAGAAGUAGAUAUUAUAUUGUCGGCAAUACACAUACGCAUAUAUAUAUAUAUAUAUAUAUAUAUAUAUAUAUAUAUAUAUAUAUAUAUUGUAAAAAUUGGAAAAUAUGUUACCUUUCAAUCGUGAUUUACGAAUCUCGUUUACACGAGAUUGAGAUCCCGCAAUCUUGCGGUUGGCUACGAAAUUUGGAUUGGAAAACAUUGAUCAAUGUGAAAUACCUACUAACGAUAGAGGAUCCAAUAAAAGAGCGGCCGAUGUAAAAGUUUAUAAACUUUCGGUAUAUAUUUAUGCACUUUAAGUGUUUUUGUGGUUUUUUUUUUUCUUUUGGCAGUACAUCGUCUCGCUGCGGACAAGCUAGCUCGAUCGAAUCUCGUAACAAAUAGUUUACUACGUGACGAUAAUUGUGUGUCUCGUGUAUAGAAUAGCAUAAUAGUGGUAAUAAUAAUAUUAAUAAUAACACAAAUAAUAAUCAAAGAAAAACUCGAGUCUUUACACGUGUGAAUGUACAAAAAGGGGACGACGCUCCUUAAAAUGACGAUAUCAAAAUUAAACGUAUAUAUGCGAUAUUUUUUUACGGUAUAAUACAUACACGGGGGAGGGAGAGUUUAUGCACGCACACACAAAAACAAGCACACGCACGCACGCACGGUUGCCUUCACACGCACGAGAUAUACAUAUAGUUGCCUUCGCUCGAGCAUAGAACAGUUUAAUACUUAUUCGGUUUCGUUUGCAUCGAACAUUCUCUCUCGUCAGACUUGAUCCGUUUUCUUUUUCUUCCUCUUGCUCUCAGUGACGUAACUACAGUUGAGCGUGAGUAAGCGAUCCUUUUCUUUGUAGAGAAAAUUAUAAGAAGAGAUGAUAGUUUAACACGUAGAAUGGGACACGUAGGA